AAAAAACACAGUGAAAGAUUUACCAGAACUGAAAGUUAUGGUUUCACCCAAAUAUGUUAUAGACCCAAAGGAAGGUGGAGAGAAGAAGGCAGGCGAGAGAACAGAUCCUUUUAGGUGGAUGAUCGAUGAUUGCUCAAGCAUUGCAAAUCGAGGUGCUGAGACGUAUUACUCGGGGAGUUUCACAGCCUGUGGUUUUACCUGGAAGUUGCGACUGGAAUUAGUUUUAGAAGGAGAUGGUGAAAAAUAUGUUGGUCUUUACCUCUCACAUGUUGACGCAGUUUCAAAGAAUUCUGUGAUCAAAGCAAUCUACAAGCUCUUUGUAUAUGAUCAACUACAUGCGGAGGACAUACAAAAGGAAGGCGAAGAUUAUUUCCAUAGCACAUCCCAUGAUGGAUUUUGUUGUAAGAUUGCAUUAAACAAGUUCAACAGUUCAAAAUCUGGUCUACUUGUCAACGAUUGUUGCAUCUUUGGAGCUGAAGUCUUAGAGGCUUUUUCAUGCAAAUUAGAUAAAGAAGGAUUAAUCCAUGAAUCCUUGUCCCUAAAGAAAGACCUAACACCUCGAAUAUAUACUUGGGUAAUCAAGGAUGUUUCCAAAUUGACAAAAAUACUAUUUGCUGAAGUUUUUGCUGCAGGCGGCUACAACUGGCGUAUCUGUCUCUAUCCAAACUUACCCUCAUUCGAAGACUUUCUUUCUGUUUUCUUGAUCAUGACCAAUGCUGCUAGUCUGUCUUCCAAGACUAGAGUCUAUGUGGACUUCAGCUUUUGCUUGUUGGAUCAACACAAUGCCAAGCACUGGAAGCUUACAGUGAAACAUUUGUUCUCGUCAGAGAAUCGAUAUUAUGGUUGUAGAAACUUUUUAAGCCGGGAAGAUGUACGAGAUCCAUCGAGAGGUUUUCUUCUCAACGACACAUGCAUUAUUGAAGCAUCCGUUGUGGUUCUUGGAGUAGACACCAUUGCAUGAACAGGAACUAGAAAUUUCUCUGUUCUUUCUUUGCAUGUCCAUGUGCUAAACAUAUCUAAAAAC